AUGGCAAAUGAUACUGCCGCCGUCCAAGCGGCCGGCGGUAUUGCAGAUGGACCCUCGUCAAGCCGCAUUGCCAAAAGAAACCCUCUUUACGAGCUAAACAUGAUGCUGACGAGUCCUUACUAUAUGUUAAACAUCAUGCUUACUUCCUUGUACGUAGUCUUUCGGGAAUAUUACCGUCAUAAGCCCAUUCAGCAGGGCAUACUCUUCUUCGGCGAAAUUACGGACUAUGACAGCUGGGAGCGCUAUGUGGCUUUCCUCUGCGGGUCAUACGGGGCUUUCCGUUUUGUCAAAGCUCGUUCCCGCCUCCAAGGCUUGACUGCACUGCUAGACUUUGCUCAGCUGUUCGUAGCUAUUAUGGCAAUGGUCUGCAGCCCAAUCCUUUUGGCCUACCUGGUCCUAGCCUACGGCCUCAUAUACCUGCUAAUCCCACAACCGAUGUACCCGCUCAACGAGGUUAUGGAUCUGCUGACGCCCGAGCGGCUGAUGGAGGACGUCAAAAGGUCAGGCACAGAUGUCACGUGGGUGGUUCUAUACUAUGCGCCGUGGCACCCGGCCUGUCGGCACAUGGCUCCCGAUGUUGCGGACCUGGCGAGGCGCUACGGCACGGACAAACUUAAAUUCGCGUGUCUGGAUCUAGGCGAGUACAGCAAAACGGCUGAAAAGCUGGGAAUAGAGCUGUCACCCGUCAGUCAGCAGCUUCCUGCAUUAGUCCUGUACGAGAAGGGAGAGGAGGUGGUGCGGAUACCUCAGAAAAAGACCAGCGGGUCGUUAUACGCAGCGGGCUACAAGGCCAAGGACGUAAUCCGAGCGAUGGAGCUGGACAUGCGCUUCACAAGGGCGAUGCAGAAGAGCGUGGAGAAGAAGGGCCAAUGA